CGAUACACUGUUAUCACUGUCCAUAGUUUAUUGUGUGUUUAUUGUGCUGUGCCAAUUGAAAUCCCGUCGCUUCGAAAACUAUCAUUCUAUUGAAAAUCCAUUGCAGGCUAUUUUCACGAAUUUUCUGGCCGAAUUUUGAAAGUGCAAAAAAUGCCAAAAAUCAUCAAAUUAAAAUCGUGCGAUGACAGAAUUUACGAGAUUAGCCGUGAAGCUAUUAAGCACAUAAUAAUGAUCGAUACAAUGUUAAAUGACACGGGUGGAGCAGAAGGGGAUGGUGAAAUUGUCAUUCCUGUAGCUAAUGUGGCAUGGCAUCAUUUGAGACGUAUCAUAAGAUGGUGCGAAUACCACAAAGAAGAUCCAGUUGAGAUGUACAAUGAUGAUGAUGCACUUCAGAAUCCAAAGCCCGAUGACCUUGGUCUUGUCUUCAAACGCGUCGAUCCCCUUCCACAGUGGGAUAUUGAUUUACUAAACAUUCCUCAAGGUAACAUAUUCGAUCUAAUCAAGGCUUGCAAUUAUCUGAAUGCCAGAGGACUGAAAAAUGCUGCGUGUAAAAAAAUCGCAGCGAUGUUUAAAGACAAACUACCAGCAGCAAUUCGUGAAACAUUUAAACUUAAAGACGAUCACAAUAGAAAACAAAAGGCAAAGAUGAAAAAGGAAGAUAAAUAUGCACCGGGUGGAUUUAUCAACUGGGCAAAUACAAUACAUGCCAAUCAGAACGUGAUACCCAACGCAGUGCAGACACCAAGCGCACCAAAAACAGUGGCACAAGCUAAUGGAGAUGCUCAACCGGGAACUUUAAAACAGGCUCAAUUUGAUGUUCAACCAGGAACGUCAAAAGCGGCCUAUUUAGAUUCACAGCCAAGUACAUCGAAACAAGCCAAUUGGGAGCCUCAACCGGGAACAUCAAAACAGGUCCAAUUCAAUGUUCAACCAGGAACGUCAAAAGCGGCCAAUUUAUAUUCACAGCCAAGCACAUCGAAACAAGCCAAUUGGGAUGCUCAACCGGGAACAUCAAAACAGGCUCAAUUUGAUGUUCAACCAGGAACGUCACAAGGGGUCAUUCGAUAUGCACAGCCAAGUAUACCGAAACAAGUCAAUUUGGAUGCUCAACCAGGAACAUCAAAACAGGUCCAGUUUAAUGUUCAACCAGGAACUUCAAAAGCGGCCAAUUUAUAUUCACAACCAAGUACAUCGAAACAACCCAAUUGGGAUGCUCAACCAGGAACGUCAAAAGCUACCAAUUUAUAUUCACAACCAAACACAUUCAACCAGGCCAAUCAGUUUGUUCAUCCGGGAACGUCAAAUGUGGUCAAUCCUAAUGUCCAACCAGUAACAUCAAAACAGGCCCAAUUUAAUGUUCAAUCAGAAACGUCACAAGGGGUCGUUCGAGAUUCACAGCCAUUUACUUCAAAACAAGCCAAUGGUAAUACUCAACCACGCACAUCCAACCAGGCCAAUCAGUUUGUUCAUCCGGGAAUGUCAAAAGAUGACAAUCGUAAUGAAAAACCAGAAACGUCAAAACAGGUCAAUACGUAUGAACAACCAACCAGAAAAAGUGAGCGCAUCAGGAACCGAAAAGCAGGCCAAUCGUCUAAACCAUCCAUUUUGACAAUUUCAACCAUGCCAAAGUUAUAAGUAUAUAUCCCAAUCAUGGAAGACACCAGGACAUAAAUUUUACUAAUAAUGUUGGACGAUUUUAUUGAAAAAUAGAGCUUAUUGAAAAAGUGUUAGGAAUAAAGAUAUAGACAACAUCAGCAA